AUUAUUUCUCGCCGCCAUGAGAUGACUUUCCCUUCUGGGCUACCGUGAGCUUGUGUGGACCGUUUGCAAAUAGGGUCGAGCCUGUGCUGAUCCCCGUGGAAAGAUCAAUAUUGCUGCUCUUGGUAGCUUCCCCAGUUUCCCUCUCUCUCCAGGCCUCCAGGACUACUUACUUGAGGUCUUGUCCCGCUGCAAAAAAGUAACGUCGACUGGGGCUGGAUGGUUCGGUCUCAUUGCACCACACUUAGUACAAGCACAUCAUCGCUGUCGGCUGUCACCGCGCGGUUAAGCCCGGUUUUGGUCGGGAACAGUCGCUCUUGGGGUGUUUGAGUGUAACUCAAGCUUGCGCUUGGUCCAGCACGUGUGGGAAAAAUAUCAUUCUAUAAGAAACAUUGGGCGCCCAAGUGCAUUUGAUAUCGUUUGCUGCUAUAGUGUGUGUUGGCGCAACCCAGCUGCUAUUGAACCAUACUACAUCGCCAUGGCCGAUCAAGAACCACAGAGCGGGUUUGUCAAGAACGCCGCCGCUGAUGUGAAACCACUCGAUGAGACGCCAAAGAGGGCAGAUGGAAUCUCACAGAUCUAUGACGGUCAUGUCUUCGACCAGUCGCCGGAUAGCAGACGGCAGAUUGGUGUCGUUACAGCGUCGUUCUUGAUCUUCAACCGAAUCAUUGGAACGGGUAUCUUUGCAACACCGAGUGCCAUUCUGUCGUUGACAGGCAGUGUCGGACUGGCCCUCUUCAUCUGGGUUGCCGGCAUGGUUAUUAGUCUGGCUGGAACGGCCGUCUACCUCGAAUGGGGAACCGCGAUUCCCAAAAACGGAGGCGAGAAGAACUACCUGGAAUAUGUCUAUACCAAACCCAAGUUUCUCGCGACGGCCAUGUUCGCCGCAUACGCCGUUCUGCUUGGCUGGGCGGCAUCGAACAGUGUCAUCUUCGGAGAAUACAUCCUCAACGCUGCGCAGGUCGAAGUCACUCGGUGGAACCAGCGAGGUAUCGGCUUGGCCUGUAUUUCGGCCGCCCUCCUGAUCCAUUCCACGGCAUUGAAAUGGGGUCUCCGCCUUCAGAACGUUCUGGGAGCGAUCAAGCUGAUCAUCAUUCUGAUCAUUGUCGUCACUGGAUGGGUGGCACUAGCUGGACACCUGAAAGUCCCCAAGCCAGACAACUUCUCGAACGCAUUUGCGGGGACCGAGGGCAGUGGUUAUGGUAUCGUGACCGCUCUAUAUAACGUGAUCUGGUCGUUUAUCGGUUAUUCCAAUGCAAACUACGCUCUGAGCGAGACCAAGAAUCCUGCUCGCACAUUGAAGAUUGCAGCUCCGUUCGCAGUUACAUUUGUUGGAAUUCUGUACAUCCUGGUCAACGUCGCGUACUUUGCGGCCGUCCCGAAGGAGGAGAUUCUGUCAUCAGGCCGCAUCCUGGCAGCCUCCUUUUUCCGCAACAUGUUCGGCGAGCGAGCGGAGCGAGUCAUGUCCGUGUUCGUGGCGUUGUCUGCGUUUGGAAACGUGCUUUCUGUUUUGUUCUCGCAGGGUCGAAUCGUGCAGGCACUCGCACGCGAGGGCGUGUUGCCCCUCUCCAAACUAUGGGCCAGCAAUCGGCCUUUCAACGCCCCCGCUGCUGGUCUCUUGGAGCAUUACAUUGUCUCCGUGAUCAUCAUGCUUGCUCCCCCGCCGGGAGAUGCCUAUAACUUCCUUCUCAACUUGAUCUCCUACCCUCUCGCGAUUGUCAACGUGUUUGUCUCCGGAGGUCUCAUGUACAUUUAUCUCACCAAAUCGAAGGGCAAGUUCCCGGACUGGGCUCCCUCUAUCCACGCCACUCUCCCCGUCACCGUCUUCUUCUUCCUGUCGAAUCUCUACCUGACCAUCGCCCCAUACGUUCCCCCGUCUCCCGGCCAGAACGUCUACGAACACCUGCCUUACUUCCUGCACUGCGUUGUCGCACUGGGCAUCUUCGGCUGCGGUGCACUGUACUGGCUCGUCUGGGCCGUUCUCCUGCCCUACCUGGGCAAGUACACAUUGGUGAAAGAGACGGUUGUCGACCCGGAUGGCUGGUCGAGAAGCAUAUUCGUGAAACUGCCACGAGACAAGGUGCGGCAGGAAGCACUACAGCAUGAAGGACCAGGGGAAGGGAGUUCGAGGUCAUGAAGAAGCAUGAGUAAACGUCACAAAAUAAUGGUUUCUCUCUAUUUAUUUAUUUAAUAAUGAAUAUCCUAUCUUUUUCGUUUGACGUUCUGGUUUUGAACGCUGCGAAUAUAUUACUAUAAUAAUAUAUUAUGAUGUCCCAACGUUCUAUGGAAACCCACUCACUUUGCUCCCUCCUUAAAAAAAAAAGGAAACAAUACUGGGCCCCUCAAACUUGCUGGAUUAACCCUCUAGCAAGGAAGUAAAGAGAUCGCGAUCCGAACGAACCUGGUGGAAUGUAGGGACCGCGUUCUCUCCAGCAGCCGGUGUUAAGCUUGACUGGUUGCUGAGGUUUGUUCCUUGCGGUGUUUUUGUAAGAGGGAAAGAGUCGAUGGAGUGGGAGAUUUUCCAUUUCAUUUGUAGUUAACUAAGGUUGGUUAGUGAGUUCAUUAUAUAAUCAUAGAAGGCCUGAGGCCAUU